AUGUCACAUACGGAAGAAAGUCUUUUGGAAUUUUCAAUGAAAUUCUUAGAUGCAGUUUUUGGAGAGGGUGAUACACCAGAGGUGACCUUGACCCGAUUUGAAGUAAACGAUCCGAAUGAACAAAAAAUACAACCCGCAGAUGAAGACCAUGCCCUUAACCCUCAAGAUCUCGUACAGACAAAGCACUUAGACAUAACACAACCUCUCCCUCCUCAGAAUGAACAAACUUCCGUAGAGAGCAAAAAGGCAUCAUCUGAAUUAAUCGAUUCUGGGCAAGCUACUAAUUCCUCUCAUGUUUCUGCUGCACAGGCAAGCAACAAAAUGGAAGAAAAAUCUGAUUCUGUUACACAGUUAAAUAGUGAAUCGAAAGAAAAGACGGUUUCUACUGCACAAUUGAAUAAUGAUUCGAAAGAAAAUACUUUAGAAAAAAGAAGCUCAGGUCUAAUAGAUGCCACUCUUAAGAGAAGGUCCAUAAUAGGCCUAGAAAUGAUUGAAUCUCUUGAUAUUUUGAACAAUGAACCAAUAACUGAAGAAUUACACAUCGAAACACAUAACCCAUCACAUUUAUUCUGGGUACCAGCACAUUUGCACCCAGAGAUAGCUCCGAAUGAAUUUAGAAAAUGGUUAAAGAAUCAUGUAAAGGACGAAUAUAGCUCAGGAAUGAGUUCUUUGCGAAGACGCAAAUCAAUGCUUUCUCGACAAUAUAUACCUACAGAAAAUGAUGAAGAUGAACAAUCUGAGAAAGAUGUAGAUGCCAACAAGAAAGUACUUGGUUUUGAUUGGGAUUCAUAUGCCGCAUCAGAUGAGAAUAUAAAUUUGUCAGCGGAAUCAUCAAAAUUAAAUGUAAUACGAAGAAGUCUUAGUUUGAACUUCUCUCCAUUCGCGGGUUUUAAUUCUAAUCCGAAAGAUCCAAAUGUAUUUGACCGGCACUCUUCCAGCGAUGUAGAUUCACCUGUACUUAUUCCGAGAAUGGCACCGGCACUUAAACGUACUGCUCGUACAAAGAUUCGUAGGAAUUCAGUAGCCGGAGAGCAAAAUCCUCGAAGAUUUUCUGCACACAGGAGGACAAAAUCAACUCACGUACUAUCCGGAAAAAAAAAGAAUGGAAGUUCAUUAUCGAUUCGUGCGAAAAAAACAUCAGAUCCAAAUCUUUCUAUUACUUUAUUAUCAUCCCAGUCAGAUGAAUAUGAAAAUAUUGAAAAUGAAAUGAUAUCAUCACCUAAUGGAACUGAGAAACUUGACAAUGACAUUGAACUUGACUUUAUAGAAUCAAAUAAUAUCUCAGGACCCAUACGCAUAACAUUAAAAGACAAUGGACCCGCACCACGCAGAACAAGCUCUCUUCCUCCAGGUGCUCAUGAUAUGUCAGAUUCUUUACAAGAAGGACGAGUCCCGUUGCCUGACAAAACUAAAUUAUAUGUGAACAUACCUGGCGCAUCAAAAAAUACCACCGAAGUAUCAACGUCGCCAUCAACGUCGCCUUUAACGUCGCCUUUACCAUCGCCUUCAACAUCGCCUUCAACAUCACAAACACCAUCAGAUGCAAUUAAUACACCACAACAAAAAAGGUCGUCGACAUGGACUUCGUGGUUUUUUGGUGCGAAUUCGGACGAAAAAGAUAAAGAAUCUAAGACCAAAAAACAAAAGGCAGAAAAAGUCGAUCAUGAAAAUACAGAAUCAGUUAACAAAGGUUCUAAAAUGUCUCUCUCAUCAAUCUUUUCAUGGUCUUCCCAGAAUAAGGGAAAACCUAGUGAUGAUAAUAUAGUUGCUACAGAUUCAGCUAUGUCUGAUCCUAAUCCAGUAUCACCAACCGUUACACCCAAUAAAAAACCAAAGUAUACCAACUAUAAUCGUUUGCCAAUUCACGUAGAGCGCAGUAUAUAUCGUCUUUCACACUAUAAGUUAGCGAAUAACCGCCGUCCCUUGCAUGAGCAAGUUCUAAUAUCCAACAUGAUGUUCUGGUAUCUCUCAUUAAUUAAUAAGCAACAAAUUGAAAGUGGGGGGGAGGUAAAUCCUAAUGCUGAAAAAGAAGUGAUAAAAGUAAAGAGCAAAGUUGGCAAAUCUAAUGGAGGUCGUAAGCGGAGGAAAGGCGAAAAGAAGGGAACAUCUUCUGGAGCAAGACGACGUGGUGGUCCUAGCGCGGAAAUAGCAUAUAAAGCUCCAAGAUAUGAUAUGCAACAAGUAUCACAAUAUAUUACUCAGGGUAACUCGCUAUAUUCUCCAGAAUAUGAUGAUGAGUUUGAAACCUAUAGUGAUUCGGAGGAUUCUUCAGAAUAUAGCGAGGAGGAGAUUUACGGUCGCAAAUACCAUUAUUAUGAUGAUGGUUAUGUUUCAGAUGGUACGGAUGGUGGACACUUAAAUGACAAUCAAGACUUUAAUGGUGAUAGCAUUGGAUCUAAUUAUAAUACGAUUACAGACGAAUUUGACAGAGAAAGUGAUUCCAUUACGUCUACACGGUCACCAUCUCCAAAUGGGAGGUCACCUUUAAAGUCUCUAAAAAAUCGUUUAUCUAAUUCUUCGAAUGCACGACACUCAGCAAACAAACAAACGACCAGCCCAGCAAGACCACAGUUAUCAAGUCCUGGGUCAAGGCAUCAUCAUCUUAUGCCACGUGUGUCCAAUAUUAAAAACAAUUUACAAGAAGAUGACGAAGAUGAUGACGUUCCAUUGGGUCUUUAUAAAACGGGACGUCCUACAAAAUGA